UCCUCAUAUCAACCUAGCGACUUGCCAUCUAGGUCCAACUCGUUACCUGAUUAUUGGCUGGGCUCAAAUGCGAGGCUGGUGAGAAUUAUCCCCUCCGCAACUCCAUGGCGUCGGUUUCGCCACCUAAACCGUGGGAGAGAGCAGGCACUGCUGGCGGUGAUGACUCCAACAGCCGCCGCUGCGACAGCGCCGACCGCUACCUCCUCCAUACCCACAUCCACCUCAACACCAUCCUCUACUACUCCCUCCUUACCUUCUCGCCCUGACACAUUGAACUCUGUUGUAAACCGGACAGCGUCGAACUACUCCCCCUAUGGCACAUCACGGUUCGGUACCACGCCGUAUGGAACCGGCUAUGGCGGCUACGGCGCAUAUUCAUCGCCAUACUCUCGCUUCGGUACGAUGGGCUCCAUGUAUGGAGGCUAUGGUGGCAUGGGGGCAUGUACGGCGGCAUGGGGGCAUGGGAGGCAUAUGAUUGAGAGUAUUGUGGGUGCAUUUGGUGGGUUUGCUCAGAUGCUCGAGAGCACAUAUAUGGCGACUCAUAGCUCUUUUUUUGGUAUGUCCCUGUCAUCAGUGACUACUUCUUUGGAUAUUGCUAACUUCGUCAAAGCCAUGGUCUCCGUUGCAGAGCAGUUUGGCAAUCUGCGAAAUACUCUCGGAUCCGCCUUGGGUAUUUUCACAAUAAUUAGAUGGUUCAGGACGUUGAUCGCGAAGAUUACGGGGCGUCCUCCGCCGGCUGAUGCUGCCUCUCUUACCCCCUCUGCGUUUGCGGCCUUUAUGCACGGGCGCUCGGCGCCUGCUACGCUUCCAGACGGCUCUCCUGCUCCCCCCAAGCCUUCGAAGAAGCCCUUUUUCAUGUUCCUGAUCGCCGUCUUCGGUCUCCCCUACUUGAUGGGCAAGCUCAUCAAAGCCCUCGCGCGCUCACAGGAGGAGCAGCGUAAGCAGAUGAUGCUGGGACCAAACGGCGAACCCAUGCAAGCGCCAUUGGAUCCAUCGAAACUUGAUUUCUGCCGAGUCUUGUAUGAUUACACUCCCGAGUCUCAGGAAAGCGCCGGCAUCGAUCUGGCCGUUAAGAAGGGUGAUAUUGUCGCUGUUCUCAGCAAGACAGACCCCAUGGGCAACGCAUCUGAGUGGUGGCGCUGCCGCGCUCGGGACGGCCGUGUUGGCUACCUCCCAGGGCCCUACCUCGAAACCAUCCAACGAAAACCUGCGCAGCAGGCCAUCACCUCCGGCAGCGAAGCGGGCAGCCGCAGCAAUACUAUGACAUCAGUCAUUGAGAAGGCUCAGGUCGGUGAUGAGAAGAAGCCAGUCUUGAAGGGGAAAAUGGGUGACAUCUCGCCGGAGAGCUUUCAAAAGAGUGCAUUCUACUCAUAGGCUGUGCCAUGACAUUUCGUCGUCACCAUAUCACCUUUUAUUAUUAUCACGAUAAACCACGAACAAAAGAUAUGGCGGCAUAUUCUGUUCUGGCUUACUUAUCCCACUCUUUCUCUCUCAGUCCUUGUCGAUGCAUCGGUGUUUGACGGAUUAUGGGCUCUGGGAGUAUUGAACGACGACGCCAGGAUACUGUUGUUUUUGGGUACAUCUGGACAUGGAUGGUUUCUUUUUCUGCGUUUUAUCUGUUCUUCUUACGUUUGAGCGAGGGUUCCUAUCUAUAUCAUCUACUUCUUAUGCCGUGUAUACUUUACCCAAUGACAACUUAAUACAACCGACAUGCAGUUC